AUGAGUUAUAACAAUCCGUACGAUAAUUCUAAUUCAUAUGCUGAGAAUUAUGAAAUGAAUUCUACCACUAAUAGUAACGAUUUUGUGGAAUUUAUGGAUAAGAUAAAUAGAAUUAACCAAAAUUUGAAUUUAUAUGAGGAUAAAAUUAACGAAAUUGAUAAUUUACAUAAACAAUUAUUGACUGCAGUUAAUGAAGAUAGAGAAUUAGAGAUUAGACAUUAUCUUGAUGAUAUUGUUGCACAAACAACAGAUUUACAAUAUAAUUUAAAGUAUGAAAUUAAAGACGCUCAAAAAUUAGCUUUGCAUGACACAAAUAAGCAGGCACAAUCUGAAAAUUCAAGACAAAGAUUCUUGAAGUUAAUUCAAGAUUAUAGAAUUGUUGAAGCAAAUUAUAAGGAUGAAAAUAAAGAACAAGCAAAGAGACAAUACAAAAUUAUUCAACCAGAAGCUACUGAUGAUGAAGUUGAAGCAGCUAUAAGUGAUGUCGGUGGCCAACAAAUCUUUUCACAGGCUCUUUUAAAUGCUAAUAGACGUGGUGAAGCUAAAACCGCCUUAGCUGAAGUACAAGCAAGACAUCAAGAAUUAAUAAAAUUAGAAAAAACAAUGGCUGAAUUGACUCAAUUAUUCAAUGAUAUGGAACAACUUGUCAUUGAACAACAAGAAAAUAUUGAAGUCAUUGACAAAAAUGUGGAAGAAGCUCAACAAGAUGUUGAACAAGGUGUCGGUCACACCAACAAAGCCGUAAAGAGUGCAAAGAGAGCAAGAAGAAAUAAAAUUAGAUGUAUUAUUAUUUGUUUCAUCAUUUUUGCUAUCGUCGUCGUUGCUGUUGUCGUUCCAUCAGUUGUGGCCACUGGACAUUGA